AUGCGAUGGGGUACAUGCCAUCCGAACAAUAGGCACCCCUUGCAUGCCAGCCUUGCUAACGUCCUAGCGUUCCUCGCAGAAGAGGUCUCUGGCUCGAAAGAGAAUGUGAAUUCUUGGCCUGGAAAGGAAGUCACAAGGGUCAUUAUUUAUGUGGAUGCCACUCUCGCAUGA